AUGGAAACAUGGAUUUUAACAUUAAACGAAGAUUGCAAUGACAAGGAAAAAAUCGAAACGAAAUUUGCGGACUUCAAAAAAAAUGUACAAUUAAAAAAUCACUCGAUGGGUUUCAUGUACGUUACUUAUCGUCGUGCUCCAAAUUUCUUUUUAAUAGAAUCAACUGUAUUUAAACAAAUGUUUCCGGAAACACCUCUUUUUUAUAUUCUUGGUUCUGCAGCAUUUGGAGAAGAUUUAAAGGUAACGCUUGAAACAUUGAAACUUAGUCAGCAAAAGACCCAACGUAUGGAAACCAAACUCAUGAUACUUACAUAUAAUUAA